AAAUUAUUUAAAACUCUAUGGGCCACUUGGAAUGGAUGCCAGCAACGACUGCUAUGCCGCAGUCUGUACGAAAACCUGGCCGCCGAGGUAGAAAACCACACUCAUCAUUAGCCUCAACUUUUGGUCCACAAAUUACCUCGGACUCCAAUCCAGCUGUUUCUGGUGCAAAUUCCAAUGCUUCUACAUCAACUGCAGUAUCUCCAUCCCCAUCAACGCCCUCAAUGGCUGAUACCAUUGCAGUUCGCGAGAGCAGCCAUGCAAUUCAACCACCUGCUGCUCACAUGCCUUUGGUGCCUGAAUCUGCAUGCGUGCCCCAGGGACUAUCGCCUCCAGUUACUCCUCCUCCAAGCCAUCUCAGUGAUCAGUCUCGAGUGCAAUCUUUGGACAGCAGCUUUCAUCUCACUGUAAUGGAUAAUGAUGUCUUUGCAUUCUAUCAAGAUCGUCCCCGCUCACUCUCUAUUUGCACAACGGCAUCAGAUGUGGUUGAUCCAACCAUUGUAUCUCCUUUGAUGAACUCGCUCCCGGGGGCUCCAAUGAAUUCACUUUCGGAUCAUUAUGCAGCGCUCUCCAUUUCCUUGCUGAAACAAAAGCAAAUUUCCUUGGGGUCACAAGAUGCUCCAACCAUUCGUAUUUUGAAGGUGGAUGCAGAACAGUCAAAUCCAAUCUCUACGUUGCCGAUAGCCAUUGGAUCUACCGAUGAGAGUUUAUCGAGAUCGUCGUCCAUUGCUAUUUCUGCACCCUCUUUUCGUCGUCGAAGUCGAUCCAUUCUUUCUACAAGCCCUUAUCCUAUUCAUUCCCCACUUGCUGCUAGUCUUUCCAUUCAGCCCAGAUCUCCAAAACUAUCUCACCUCAGCUCUCCACAGUCGCUACUUGCUGCACCAGCUGGAAUGGUUCAUAAAGCUUCUGUUGCAGCAUCCGCCCCAACUCAAAAAACCCCAUAUAUUUGUGUGUCUUGCGGGAAAAAGUACAAACAUCCCAACUGCCUAGCAAAACAUAAAUGGGAGCAUACGGACUAUUGGAAAGAAACAUCCAAAUUGUCUAUUUCCAAACAUCAACAGGUGCAGCUUUUGGAAGCCGCGUCGGUGUUGAUUGGGUUUGCAGUCGACCCUUUGCAGUCUUCUAAUAGUGUUGAUUCAAAACAAACAAUGGAGCACGGAAUGGGCAGUCCAUUUGCUACUGCUAGCAAUGAUGACAUGGACGAUGAAACACUAGAUGGAGAUAUGGAUGAAGCGUCAUCUUCGCUUGAUAUUGAUAUCGAGAAACUAUCAGAUGAUGGAAAUGAUGGACUUGCUGCACAAGCACUAAAUAUAGUAUAAUAGCAAAUGCGUUUUCAAACCACACUUGCUUUUCAUAUAUCACACACCCCACCAUUCCUAUUAUUAUUACUCGACUAUUUGCCUUUUUCAUUUGUGAAUUCUUUUACCCACUGGGCUACUUGAAUGUUUUACACAAGUCUUGAUUGAACAUUUUGACCAACUCAUGUGAAAUCAUUCCACCUUAAUAAAUCGUUUGUUUAUCUG